AUGUAUCAUGUAUUCAACUUCUUUUUUUUUUUUUUUUGGAAUUUGAAGGGCCACGGCCCCCUGUUCCAUACUAUUCCUAGUAUUCGACAAGCACACAUUCUGUCACCUCAUAUGCCCAAUGACCUCGUAGGGCAGACCGAAAGACCCGUCGGUCAUGCGCAUCAACGAGGCGUUUUCAGUCACCAUAAGGAUAUCCUCCCGUCGGCAGCAACGCUCCCAGUGCUUAUCUCCGAACGAGAAAUGCCCCCGCUGAGUGUAGACGCGUAUCAUAACGGCGGUUCUAUCCUACAAGCGUUUCUCUAUGGCCUUUACCUUGUCAGCUUCUUCCAAGCGCUCUCGUCUCUCCUCGUGGAUCCCUCAGUAUCUCCGCAUCGCUGGCGGAAGCGUGAACACAUUCGGCGGCUCACGCUUUCGGUGUGCUUACUUUUAUUUCUAAAUGCCACGAUUUCCCUAUGCUUGAGCAUCGUGAGGGCCGUGUAUCUCGCGCAGAACGAGAUCGCAAACUGGUUGCAUGUGCUUCGUGGCGUCAAUAAUACGAUACAGAUCCUCCUCGCGGAUGGAAUAUUGAUCUACCGACUAUGGGUUGUAAGCGCCAUGGAUCGCCGCUUCGUGGCAUUCCCUCUGCUUCUCUGGGUCGCUAGCCUCUGCUCUUCUGCUGCUGCGCUGGCUUCGCAAGCACAAUCAUCACUUUCCCAACCUUCGACAACUUCGACGGUCAUGUAUUACACCUGGGCAACGACCUGGUGCUUGACGGCUGCACUGAAUAUAUACUGCACAUCAUUCAUUGCAUUCAUUGUGUGGAAAGUUAUCAAAACAGCAUCUCGAUUGCGAGCCGGCACCUCUGAGGCCAGCGCAGGCGAAAACCCCACCUUGCUGUCGGUCGUGAUGGUCGUCGUCGAGUCAUGUCUCCUGUACACAAUUGCUUCUAUUAUUGCCUGCAUCAGCACCUUGACAAGAGGCGAUUUUAUUUUCAUCACUGCUCCAGUGAAGGACGCUGGUGGGGACGCCGGUGCUGUUCGGGUGGCUAUGGUGCUUCACGUCGAUGGGGCCCCUCUCAUGCUAGCCCGCUCGUGUUCUCUCAGAGCUCGGCAUGGGUUCCAGGCGGUGGUCUCUGACGGAAUAGCUCCUGGUGCGAAAGGGGGCACACCAAAGCGCUGGUUUGGCUCUAUGGGUGUUUCGAGGAGCGACAUAAAUGAGAAGACAAGGCACGAUGGGCUCUAG